ACCUAGUGAAAUUAAAUCCUGAUUUUAUAUCUGUUCCUCACUCUCCGAGUGGUGCUCAUGAUUUCUGGAUAUUGUUCAUUUCAUGUUCUUAAUUUGGGAUAAAACUGAAGCUUCACCAACUCCUGGGGAUCAGGUUGUGAAAGAAGAUGAAAGAUCUUAUUCUCCUUUUUUCCUUGGUCUUGGUGCCAACCUUGGCUUACAAAGAAAGUCUACAGACAAAACUAAACUUUUCAAACAGCACCACCCAUAAACGACAUAAGAGAGACUGGAUAUGGAAUUACAUGCAUAUUACGGAAGAGAUAAGUUUACCAUUACCACAUUAUGUUGGGAAGAUCAUAUCCAGUGUAAGGAAUAAGAAUGCUAAGUACGUUCUUGAGGGGGAAUAUGCCAACACCAUUUUUAAAGUUGAUGAAGAGACUGGAGAUGUAUAUGCAUUCGAGAGGCUGGACCGUGAAAAGAAAUCAGAGUACGAGCUGACAGCUCUUAUUAUUGACAAAAUAACUAACCAACGGAUGGAGGCACCAUCCACAUUUGUUAUCAAAGUCCAUGAUAUUAAUGACAAUGUCCCCAUAUUUGUACAAAAAGUGUUUAAUGGAUCUGUGCCAGAAAUGUCAUCAGUAGGAACUUCAGUCACCAAAGUGACAGCAGUGGAUGCUGAUGACCCAACAAUUGCAGAUCAUGCCAAAGUCAUAUACCAAGUCAUUGAAGGAGAAAACUAUUUCACAGUUGAUGAAUCUGGUGUGAUUUCUACAGCCACUGCUAAUUUAGACAGAGAAGCUCAACCUACGUAUAAAAUACUUGUGAAAGCAAAAGAAUCUUUAGGGAAUACUGGUAGGGAAGCAAGCAUUGCAACAGUCUUUAUUACUUUGUUGGAUAUCAAUGACAACUUCCCAACGUUUAAAAAAGAAUCGUUUCACUUUAAAGUACCUGAAAACACCCCAAUAAAAGGUGAAGUUGGCAGGUUGGAAGUGGUAGAUAUUGAUGAGCCACAAAACAGAAACACCACAUACAAUUUUGUCCGUGGGUACUUCCAGGAUACCUUUAAGAUUAUAACAAUUCCAUCCACAAAUGAAGGAAUAAUUAAGCCACAAAAGCCAUUAAACUAUGAAGAAAUAAAGGAGUACAAGUUUAAUGUUGAAGCAACCGAUCCAACGGUUAUUCCUCGUUAUUACAAGCCUGGUGGAAACAAAAGCAUUGCAUCGAUUACUAUCGAAGUUCUUGAUGUUGAUGAACCUCCUGUCUUCUCUCAGCCAUUAUAUAUUUUCAAAGUAGAAGAAAAUAACCCUCAGAAAAACAAGCAAAUCGGCACAGUUUCUGCAAGGGAUCCUGAUGCAGCUAAUCGGGCAAUUAGAUAUAUUCCUCGAAUAUCAAGCCCUCCUGGAAACUACAUCAAGAUAUCAGAUACGGGAAUGGUUUUUCUCAACCAGGCUCUGGACAGAGAAACCAGUGCUUGGUAUAACAUAACCAUAAGAGCCGUGGAGCUGGCUGACAAGAAUACUCUGUCAGACAAAGAAUCGCAGGCGCACAUUCAUAUCCAGGUUAUUGACGUGAAUGACAAUGCUCCAGAACUGACUUAUCCAGAGGAGCCCAGAGUAUGCGAAAAUGCUGAACCAGGACAGGUAGUCACCAGGAUUUCAGCUACUGACAAGGAUGAAAUGUUGCCUGGAGUUUACUUUAAAUAUUCCUUGGCCACAGAAGACAGCAACUUCACAUUGUCUGAUAAUCAUGAUAAUACAGCAAAUGUCACUGUCAAAUAUGGACAGUUUAAUCGCGAACUCGCUAAAACCCACUUCCUGACUGUUAUGAUAUCAGACAACAGCAAGCCUGCACUUACCAGCACAAACACACUUCCCAUCAGCAUCUGCAAGUGUAAUGAAAGAGGAGAAGUCACUUUUUGUGAAGCAAGUGCUAAGAUAGUUGGAGUUAGCAUUCAGGCACUGGUGGCAAUUUUUGUCUGCAUCCUCACAAUCAUUGUAAUCACGUUGCUACUUUUCCUGAGAAAGAGGCAUAAGAAAGACCUGAAUGUUCUCAGGAAUAAUGUGGCAGAAAUCCAUGAGCAGCUUGUCACCUAUGAUGAGGAGGGGGGCGGCGAAAUGGACACCACCAGCUACGACGUGUCUGUGCUCAACUCCGCCCGCAAGAACACCAUGAAGCCACCAAGGCUGAACCUGGAACCUGCACUCUCCCCGUAUGCACAGAUCCAGAAGCCCACAGGAAGUGGACAUUCUGGCACUGGGGAAAUGGAAAUUAUGAUUGAGGUGAAGAAGGAUGAAGCUGACAAUGAUGGGGAUUUGCUGCCAUACGACACCCUUCACAUUUAUGGCUAUGAAGGAGCUGAGUCCAUUGCAGAGUCUCUCAGUUCUUUGGAGUCGGGGUCCUCAGACUCAGACAUUGAUUAUGACUUUCUAAAUGACUGGGGACCCAGAUUUAAAAUGUUAGCUGAGUUGUAUGGGUCAGAACCAACUAUAGAUUUUGUCUAUUAAGUCCAAAAUAACUGAGUUUCCCCUCCCCCUAGCAACAGACAGUAAAGCCAAUAUGCUGCCAGUGCACAAAGGAGGACUGACAGCUCCUUACCCAGGCAGUACUGGCUACCACUAGGAUUGCAGAAACUAAGAAACCCAAAGCAUUUGGGAUAAUAAAGAAAUACAAAGAAAUCCUUUAAGAAAAAAAAAAUAUACUGCAGCUCUUGCCCCACUCCUCUAGACUUGACACCUGGGAGGACACUGGUUCUUCCAAUGACACUCCUUUUGAUUCACUACUGAGAAGCAUUUGACACUUACCUGGGCAGAAGCCACAUGGUCUAUGACUUCUUCCCUAUUUCAUGUCUCCCUUCCACUCUCCUCCUCCCCUUUCCAGUUUCUAAAUGCACAACCCAGAUCAUCUAGUGUUAGAGCAGAAGGGUCUAGAAAUGCAGACUAGGAACAUUAUGCAGCCACCUGUUUCCCCAACCCAUAGGUCUACCUUGCCUCCUGUAACACUUUGCAUGGACAAACCGUACACACAGCAGAGUAAGAGAAGCUAAUGUCUAUCAUUCAAUACUAGAGGUUAUUUCAUCCUAUUCAGAGAGGCAGGACUUUUCCCCCCUUUGCAAUCCUCUGACUACUUUUCUUCAAUACCCUUCUGAUCCAAAUAUGGACUCUUGGUGAAACACAGACCUCUUCAGGAUUUUUAGUGAUCAUUAUCAAUAUUAACAGCCAGACUGUAUAUUUUAGACACAGUCCUGGAGCAUUAACAUUCCUCUUACUAGCACGCUGAGUCUUUUUUUCUAAGGAUCUCAGUGCUGCUGAGCUGAAUAUCUCUUGUAGGACAGGAAGCUUAAGGAACAGAGGGAAUGUCGGGACUUCAGGUUUGUAAGGUUUUACUAGAUUGCAACCACUGUGUCACAGGUUGAGCAGCUUGUUGGGUUUCAUUAAUUUUUUAAGUAAGUUUUCUUUUCAUCGUAGCUGAUAGAAUGUUGCUAUUUCAGGGAAAAAAAAUUAAAGGGCCUCACUACUGUGAAACUAUUGACUUUUUUUGUAAGCAGGUACUGUAGAAUGGGUAUUUCCGCUUAAAAAAUAGUAGGGAAUUCCAAGGCAGAAUACCAUAGACCUACAUACUUCACUGUCUGUCAUAAAAGACCAAAGCAUGAACAUAAGCAAGAUUUUAGGGUGCAAUAACCCCUUGUGCCUGAGGCAUGUACAUGCUUAGCUUUACAUGAGAGGGAGUCAUCCUGUUCAGGACAAUGGAGUUUACUUCCUAACGUUAAGCACAUAUUUCAGUUUUGCGUGAUCUUGCAAUGCCAUCUCCCGUGAUGGCAAUGGACCAACUCCUGCCUUCACUGAUGUAAGACUCCCACUGAUCUUACUGGAAGCAGGGCCCUGCCAACCAGAUACCCAGUUUUGCAGACUCUGUACUGAAAAUGCAUGAUUUAGCUCAGUUGAUCUAUUUAAAAUUGGAUUUUAUAUUACAGUAACUAACCCAGAUAACACUUUUUUUAACCAGAGUAGCGGAAUCUCACUAAUUUGCACUUUGCUAAUCCACAUACCCCAUAAUUUAGACACAAAACACGGUAGGCUUUCUUAGCAAGGACAUAAUAGCAAGGCAGUGCUGCAUGGUAUCAUUAUUAACUUGUCAAUAUUUUUUAAAAUCUACUAUACAGCAAAUUACCAUAUCUUGCUCAAUGCUAUUAUCAAUAAUUCAGAUUGUGCUACAAUUAUCAAACACAGGCCUGACCAAAAGCCUCCUGGGAGCCUUUCCAUUGGCUUGACUAGGCUUUGGAUCAUGUUGUGCGCAAUGCAAAUUUUGGAUUAUUUAUCCUUGCUUUUAUUUUUAUUGCACUCGUUCACUCAGGCUCCAGUUUCCUAAAUCCAGUCAGCAGUAUACGUUAGUGAGGUUCAACUAGGGAACAUGUUACUAAUACUACUUAUAUUUUAAGAUUUUCAUGAAUAAUUACAUGCUGAAUUGCAAAACUGUAAAGUUAGUUAUGAAACUGUUUAGAUUAACAACUAAAGUUACUUUUGUAGAUGUUGGUAUUUCCUAUAAUAAUUUUUUUGCAAUUUGUUUAAAUUUAUGCAAAGAAACACUGUACUGAUCUCAACUGUACAUAAUGUUUGCACUGGGUUUCUUUUUAUAAUACUGUACUGUAUUUUUUUUGACUUACAUAAAAGCUAAAGUCAAAUGUAGUUUUAU